AUGCUGGUCCAGCGGCUCCGGGAUCACAGCCUGGUCAUUAAUGCUGCCAAGUGCCAGUUUGGUCUCAGCUCUAUUUCCUUCCUUGGACACCAUGUUACCCCACAGGGCGCUACGCCUCUUCCCGGCAAGGUGGAGGUGAUUUGGCAGUUUCCUCGGCCGCUCACCAUCAGGGGGCUACAGGAGUUUGUGGGGAUGGUGAAUUUUUACCAUUGUUUUGUACCAGCGGCGGCUCAGAUCAUGCGGCCUUUGUUCCAGUGCCUGGCCGGUAAGCCGCAGGAUCUCAUGUGGGACGCCGAGACUGAGGCCGCUUUCGAUGGUGCCAAGGAGGCGCUGGCCAAUGCCAUACUGCCCCAGCCGCCCUCACCAUUGACGCUUCAGAUACUGCUGUCGGAGGGAUCCUGGAGCAGUUUAUCGACGGUCGCUGGCAGCCGCUUGCCUAUUUGA